GCCCAUCCUUGACUCACGCGACUCAAGCCGCUCGCUUUCUCCGGCUAUUUAGCUCUAGGUAGCUGCUUCUGGGAAUUGCUGCGGAUCUCCUCUUCUCGAGGUUCUACCUACCUAUCCACUUCCACCUGUUGCGCUCAGGAAAACCCCUCCGACAAAACGUCAAGAUGGCGGACGCAAUCGCGGAAGCCACUGCCAAGCUUCAUCUCGACGAGGAGACCGGUGAGAUGGUCUCCAAGGGCGAAUUGAAGAAGCGCAUGCAGAAGCGUGCCAAGAAGGCUGCCAAAGCCAGUGCUCCUAAGCCUGCUGCGACCCCUAAGCCCCAGGGCCCCGCGACACCCAAGCCGGAGGAGGCCCCCAUCGACCCGGACGCGAUGUUCAAGCAGGGUUUCCUUGCCAAUGUCUACAACGAGCGACCCGUUACUCCCUUGACCCGAUUCCCCCCCGAGCCUAAUGGAUACCUGCACCUGGGUCACUCCAAGGCCAUUGCGAUCAACUUCGGCUUCGCGAGACACCAUGGCGGAAAGACGAUCCUGAGAUUCGACGACACCAACCCCGAGGCAGAGGAAGAGAAAUACUUCACCGCGAUUGAGGAUAUUAUUGAGUGGCUUGGAUUCAAGCCGCAUGCCGUUACCCACUCGAGUGACCACUUUGAUAAGCUAUACGAGCUCGCCGAGAAGAUGAUCAAGAUUGGUCGCGCUUAUGUCUGCCACUGCAGCGAUGCCGAGAUCAAGCUGCAGCGUGGUGGUGAGAAGAAUGGCCCCAGAUUCCGCUGCAAGGACGCCGAGCAGGACGUUGAAACCAACUUGCAAAAAUUCCGUGAUAUGCGCGACGGAAAGUACGCACCUCAGACGGCGUUCCUGCGCAUGAAGCAGGAGCUUGACAACCCCAACCCGCAAAUGUAUUCGGAUCUGGCCGCCUACCGUGUCCUCAAUGCGGAGCACCAUCGUACCAAGGACCAGUGGAAGAUUUACCCUACCUAUGACUUUGCCCACUGCCUGUGCGAUAGUUUCGAGGGCAUUACCCACAGUCUUUGCACCACUGAAUUCGUGCUGUCGCGUGAGAGCUACGAAUGGCUCAACAAGACGUUGGAAGUCUACGAGCCCAUGCAGCGUGAAUACAGCCGCAUGGAAGUCAGCGGAACGGUCAUGAGCAAGAGAAAGCUCAAGAAGCUUGUUGACGAAGGUUACGUGCGUGGUUGGGACGACCCCCGUCUGUACACCCUGAUCGCGCUGCGUCGCCGUGGUGUUCCUCCGGAGGCCAUCCUUUCCUUCAUCAACGAAUUGGGUGUGACAACCUCCAAGUCCGUCAUCCAGAUCGCUCGUUUUGAACAGUCUGUUCGUACCUACCUUGAAACCCGUGUCCCGCGUUUGAUGCUGGUCCUUGAUCCUGUUCCCGUUGUUAUUGAGGAUUUCGAAUCCCUCGAGGCCAAGGAACUUGAUCUGGAUGUGCCAUUCUCCCCCAAGGACCCUAAGAUGGGCUCCCACCAGCUUCCCUUCACCAAGACCAUCUACAUUGACCGCUCCGACUUCCGCGAGGAGGAUAGCAAGGGAUACUUCCGCCUAGCCCCCGGCAAGAGCGUCGGUCUGUGGAGGGCCCCCUAUCCCCUCAAGGCCACCACUUUCUCGAAGGAUGCUGAAGGGAAGAUCACGGAGAUUCGGGCCGUUCUGGACCGGUCCGGCACAAAGCCGAAGACGUACAUCCACUGGGUCCCGGACAACUCGCGCAAGGUGGAGGUUCGCAUCCACGACCAGCUUUUCAAGUCGGAUGACCCGAACUCUGUGGAGGGCGGCUUCCUGAAGGAUAUCAACCCCAACAGCGAGACCAUCUACAACGACGCCCUGAUUGAGGCCGGCUUUGAUGAGGUGCGGCGCCGGGCUCCUUGGCCCGAGGCUGCGGGAGAGAAGACCAAGAGUGGACCGGAAAGUGUCCGGUUCCAGGCGAUGCGUGUUGCUUACUUCGCGGUCGAUUCGGAUUCCACGGAUGACCGGGUUGUGCUGAACCGCAUCGUUUCAUUGAAGCAGGAUGUGAGCAAGGGUAACUAAGAUGUCUCUUGACGAAUGAAUGGGCUUGGAUUUUACGCGUGAUGGGAUCAGGUACAGGGCAAGGGGAAGGCGAAGAAGGAGUUAGAGGGACGCCAGGCCACCUUUCGGUCGGCAGGCUCCACCGUGUGCCAGUUGCAGGAAACAUAGAUUUGGGUAACGAAUGUCAUGUGGCUGUGAAUAGCGAGCAUCAUUGGCAGGCUUUGGCCCUGCAGUAAUCAGCAAGAAAAUACUUCCGUCGGCUCUCC